AUGGCCAAUCUGUACCUGAUGCAAGCCUUGUACGCCCCGAAGCCGCCUCUCCCGACACCCACGCCCGAUGCUCUUGCGCUCGAGGGAGGCGAGGCGAGUCAGUCGAGACAGUCUGCAACGCCCGAGCAGGCAAUACACGAUGGGCGCCGGAAGCUUAUGAAAUUCGAAGAAUCGCCUGACCCCGACUCUGAAGCGGUUGAGCGCUGGGAACCGACUGGUGCCAAUGUCCAGCCAGUCGGCAUCAAGAGCGAAUCCCCGAGAUCCGACGCUGCGGACAGAUUCUUGCAAUCGCUCCCGUCUUUUCCUGGCGACAUUGCUGUUACGCCUUCUUCGCCCUCGUCAAUAAGACUGCCUGCUGGCCUCACGUACCCGAUUGAGCGAUACCUACCACCCGCGGGACCAUACUACGACCAGAACGCUCUCCUUCCCAUCUUUGGCGCGAUCUUUUUCAAGUACAAACCCUGCAUGAUUUGUUGGACCUGCCACCCCGCCGCAGGCUAUUCGACCACGUCUUGCGGGAAGAACUGUUCCCUGUUCUACUGUAACAGAGAUUGGUAUCGCCAGCAGGAAAUCCCAUGCGGUCCAGGGACUGUUCGAGAUCGACAAAUUCGUCCCGACAAACAAGAGCUUGCUGUUCUCAGUCGUAUCGGUGUCUUAUUCCAAGCACGUGGUCCAAACAACACUGUCCUCAUAAACUCGAUGCAUCCUAUUGUGCAAGACUUCUACAAAGACAAGCCAAGGUCGAAGGCAAUGAUGCGGAAGAUCUUUGAGGCAGACCCAAUGCAUCGUUCGACGUCCAUUCCAUCUCGAAGUGGGCCAACGCUUGUAGCGAACGCCCCUCCGCAGCAACCGCUCCCGCAUCCGAUGCCAUACAGUAUGUCGAGGACAGCCGUGGACAACCGCCUCGACCCGCGUCUCCAGGGUCGCGUCUCCCAUGGCGCGCCUGCCCAAUUGACACUUCCGCAGCCCGACACCCCCAACAGCUGCGAGAUCCCGACUGACCCGGAAGACAUCGAAAAGAAGCUUCAGGAGCAGGAAGUCGAGAAUCUGAACUUGAGAAUGCAGGCAGUCGUGAAAGAUCGUGAGAUUCGGAAGCUCAGGUCGGAGCUUGAGUAGCUGCGCGCUCAAACUGCUAGUACUGGUGGCGCAUAAUAGAUCGUCAGAAAGUGGCCUUGUUCUUUGGAUACUGCGUACGAAUGGGCUGAUGAUGGACCUGGAAGGAUGUGCAUGUAUGUAUAGGAAGAC